UCUGAACUUGGAAUCCAACAGCAUCUGUUUCAAUGUGACAGUGUGUUUCCGUGCGCACAUCACCGCCACAGCCUCACAGAUGCAGCAAAGCGACGAUAUGGAGGUACCUUUACUUAAUGAUACUAACAGUAACAGACAGAAGUCUCUGGGUCCUGAGUGGGAUGGGUUCAGCCAUCAGCAGAAGGAUUCGGAGGGGUCUAUGGAGUCCCCCAACCUGGAGUUUGAAUAUGGGGACACUGACAGCUUCACCGUGGAGCUCUCUGAGCUGUACAGCUACACAGAAGAGCCAGAGUUCAGUCUAAACAGAGACUACUUUGAGGAAGACUUCAAGAAUCACGUGAAGGGUCAGAGGUGGAUGGAGUUGAGUCUGGAAGAGCAGAAGGCUUAUGUGAUGAGACUGUUGGAUGCUCUGGAGGUUACUGACCGAGACAAAAGGCUCAAAGUGUCUCGAGCCAUCCUCUAUCUGGCUCAAGGUGUGUUUGAUGAAUGCGACACAGAGACGGAUGUCCUCUACUGGUCUCGACACAAUGUUUUCCUUCUUUACGAGAUGGGCAUCUUCACUGCUCUCCUGGAGCUCCUCAGCAUGGAGAUCGAUAAUAAUCAGGCAUGCAGCAGCGCUUUAAGAAAACCAGCCAUAUCCCUGGCAGACAGCACUGAGCUCAGGGUUCUUCUAAGCAUCAUGUAUCUGAUGGUCGAGACCAUUCGUGUGGAGUCAGACGGUGACAUCCCUGAGAGAAAGGCAGCGAGAGAGGCCUUCAAAACAGAGUUGGGUUCACCCCUUUAUAAUGGAGAACCAUUUGCCCUCCUCCUCUUCACCAUGGUAACCAAGUUCUGCAGUAUGAAUGCACCCCAUUUCCCUAUGAAGAAAGUGCUGCUCUUACUGUGGAAAACUGCUUUGUUCACACUGGGAGGUUUCGAGGAGUUGCUGGAGAUGAAGGUGAGAACGCGAGAGCGACUGAAUCUGCUGCCUCUCCCCGAGGACAGCAUUAAGGUGGUGCGAAACAUGCGGGCCGCCUCUCCUCCCGCCUCGGCCAUUGAGCUCAUCGAGCAGCAGCAGCAGCAGAAGAGAGGACGCAGAAGUCGCAGGAGUGCCUUUGUUGAUAGCUUGGAAGGAGACAGUCCCUAUGCCAAGAAACAGCCCCUGGUCAAGCAGGACAGUCUGGACACCUACAACGAACGGGACCCCUUCAAAAAUGAUGACGCCCGGGACGACGAGGACGACCCUGAGGAUGUGGACAGCGGCAUCGAGGGAGAAGUCGACCCACUCGACAGAGAUGUCAUUAUCCAGCCGCCACCGCCUCCACCACCACUGAGACCCCCAACGGAGAGAGGGUCCUUCCCUAAAGGACUGCCCUGGGCCCCUAAAGUCAGAGAGAAAGACAUCGAACACUUCCUGGAAACCAGCAGAAAUAAAUUUAUCGGCUUCACUUUGGGAAAUGACACAGAGACUCUGGUUGGUUUGCCCCGGCCGAUUCACGAGAGUGUGAAGACUCUCAAACAGCACAAGUAUGUCUCCAUAGCAGAGGUUCAGAUCAAUAGAGAGGAGGAGCUACAGCAGUGCCCCAUGACUUUGGGGGAGGAGGAAGUGGAAGAAGCACCUGCAGAGGUUCUAUAUUUGGGAAUGCUGCCCAGUCUGUCACAGUAUGUAAUCGCUCUAUUGAAGCUCCUACUGGCUGCGGCUCCAACAUCCAAAGCAAAGACAGAUUCCAUCAACAUCCUAGCUGACGUUCUGCCAGAGGAGAUGCCAAUCACAGUCCUCCAGAGCAUGAAGCUGGGCAUUGAUGUGAACAGACACAAGGAGAUUAUCGUCAAAGCCAUUUCAGCUCUUCUGCUACUCCUGCUGAAACAUUUCAAACUCAACCACAUAUACCAGUUUGAAUACGUGGCGCAACAUUUGGUCUUUGCCAACUGCAUCCCCCUCAUCCUCAAAUUCUUCAACCAGAACAUCAUGUCCUACAUCAGUGCCAAAAACAGUAUAUGUGUCCUGGAUUUCCCUCAUUGUGUUGUUCAUGAAAUGCCUGAGCUCACAGCUGAAAGCCUGGAAGCUGGAGACAGUAAUCAGUUCUGCUGGCGUAAUCUCUUCUCCUGCAUCAACCUGCUUAGGAUCCUCAACAAAAUCACCAAAUGGAAACACUCCAGAACUAUGAUGCUUGUGGUCUUCAAGUCUGCUCCCAUACUGAAGCGAGCGCUCAAGGUGAAACAAGCCAUGAUGCAGCUGUAUGUCCUCAAACUCCUCAAGAUGCAGACCAAGUAUCUGGGGCGACAGUGGAGAAAGAGCAACAUGAAGACCAUGUCCGCCAUUUAUCAAAAAGUCAGACAUCGACUAAACGACGACUGGGCGUAUGGGAAUGACAUUGACGCUCGACCGUGGGACUUCCAGGCCGAGGAAUGCGCGCUCCGUGAGAGCAUCGAGAAGUUCAACACGCGACGUUACGAUAAGAAUCAGAACAGCGAGUUUACACCCGUAGACAACUGCCUCCAAAGCGUCUUAGGACAGCGCGUCGACCUGCCCGAAGACUUUCAUUACAGCUAUGAGCUGUGGCUAGAAAGAGAGGUCUUCUCACAACCCAUCCAAUGGGAAGGUCUGCUACAGGCCCAGUGAUGGAGAUCACAGUGUUAUGGAGGUGCUUUUGUGUGGGAAAGACAUUUUUAUUCUUUGUUAAACCGACACUGUUACUGUGGACUCACAAUCAACACACCAAUACUCAAGAGCAUUAAUGGCCUGCUGUUCCUGCUUUGUAAAUAGAGAUAUACCUGUAUAUGUGAUUGUGAAUAUAGCAUACGGGAUGGCGGUCUUCAUUUGAUAAUUCUGUGUUUAAGGAGCAUGGCUCAUCUGGUGCUUUGGGCAAACUUAUAUAUAUAUUCUGCGUAUGAAAUGAGAUAUAUCUUCAAUAACUGAAGCACACUUUAUGUAUCUGAACUGCACAACUACAGUAUUUUAAUGUAUCUGCUAAAAUGUACUUGUAUGUGACUUCUGUUUGUUAUGUCAUUUUUGUGCUUGCACAUAUAUACUUCAUUGGUUUGUAAAAUACCCUUUCUUGAAUCUUCCACUUGUGAUUCUGAAGCAGGGUCUUUCAGGUGCAGGUGCAUAAAGUCAUUCAAACUUUAGAUGUGUCUAAACUUUACUUAUUAUUGAUAUUGUGUUAAAUAGGAUGGUGUCCUUGUUCUUGUGAAUUCAAUGCUUCACUUUCUUUUGUCCCCGUGUAUGACAUCACACAAAGAGUGUGCGCUGCACAAUACACACAUUCAAAGUGUCCUUGGUGACUGUAAUGUCACCCACACCUAAAACACGGUAUUCAAUGAAUGGUGCUGAUUUUUACCACUUUAUUUCUCUACUUUUUUGUCUAAUGCUCUGCAAAGAUGAGGUCUUAUAAAAGUGAAGAACUCCAAGUUUGUUCAUUGUCAAAAGAAUUUGUUUAAUUUUUACUUCAUAAAAACACAAAGGAUAUUUACACACGUUGUUUUGCAUUCAUGGGUUUGUUUUAACACACCUCGCAACAUAAUUUCUUUGUUUGUAGAUUGUCAUUGUUUUGUACUAAAUUAAGGUGCUUUUGAAUUACACUACCUAUCCAUGCCAAAUACAACAACACUUCUACAUUUUAUAUGUAAAAUGACUUCUUGUACCUGUACAGAGUCCAUUGUAUGUGAAUGUGACUUGAUGUAGGAGUCUUUAAUAAAUUAUAAAGAGUUUAAACAAUCUUGAGCAAUUCUCUUACUGCAAUGCAAUAAACACAUAUGCAUGCAGUUGCUUUAUCUGGCCACAAGAUGGCGAAUUGAUGCUAGAAACUGUGCUGGUGGAUCAGGGUUUGAACUCCUGCCUUAAAUGUCUUGAUUGAAAUCUCACAGCUUUGAAGUUUGUUUAAUCAAAACAAGAAACCCAACAAACACACACACACACACACACACACACACACACACAUACACCAGAAAAUAAAAAAACAAUAUAUGUACACAAGGCCCAACCAGUGGCUCAGGGGAAAGAGCACUAACACCUAAUGCAGGUGCCCAAGGGUUCAAGUCCAGGCUCUGAGAACUUUUAAGUGUUCAUUAUCAUAUUUAAUGCCGUUCUGAUGAAAGUAAAUAUAAAUAGGCCAGGAAAAGUGUCAUGAAUGUGCAGGACCCAGUGCUCUAGGGGAUUGGAUGUCAAAGCUGUUUUUUGUUAUGGGGUUCAGAUCUGAAGAAAUAGAUACACACGCCCGAAGAAUUAUCACAAGCGUGCAUGGCACAGUAGCUCAGGAUAGCACUGAAACUGAAACAAGAGGCUGCAGGUCCCAGCGGCUUAGUGGUAAUUGUGCUGGCAUGAAAACAGGUGGCAAAGAGUUCAAGGCUGAAUGAAUACACUUUAAGUGUUCAGCAACAUAUCUUAUGCACACCUGGUUAAAGAAAAAGAUGAAUACGCCCGGAGAACCAUCUCAAGUGUGCAGGACCCAGUGGCUCAGGUGGAAGAGCAGUGCAAAUGGAUCCAGAGGUUCAGGCUUCAAAGCCAGCUGGUGGCAAAUCAUGCACACAACAACCAGGAGAGGUCGGAGGCACUGAAGGAGAGGAGCCACCACCACCAGAGGCAGAAGUCCAGGAUGGAACCAUCGGAAGGCACAACACCAGAGGCCAUGACAGCAUUCCCUAACUGUGAAGGGGGGAGACGUUGGAGUGUGUCUCCCCCCGAGGUUCACGAGCAUGUAAACAAGGGGUUAUGCAGCAGAUGCCAAAACUUUUCCACCAUGCUUGUAGCUACAAAAUUUAACCUCAACAAGCCAUCAAAUGCAUCCACUUCUUCAAUCUGAACCACCCACCUGACUUCUGUGUAUUCCAACCAUUUUGCUGCCCCACAAGUGGUGUUUUUCAACCCAACCUACACCACCAUUCACAGAUGCAGGUCAAUACCUGGCCUCAAACCCCAGACCUCUUGAUCUAAGGGUGGUGCUCCUUACAGCUGAGCCACUGGACACUGCAUGCUCAAGUUAGUUCUCCUGGUAAUUUUAUCCUUUUUAUUGAAACCUGAAACACAUAAGAAUCAUC